AUUGCGAGGGAAAGCAAAACUACACGGCCUCUCUCUGUGUAGUUUUGUUUUUGUCGGGGAAUAUUUCGAGGCUCAUCCCGUUCAUCUUGGAUCUUUCUACACAAACCGUUCUGGAUAAAGGGGGGUUCUCUCGUUAGUCACUCGGGCUUCGUCCCUUCUCUUCCAGGCACUCUUGUGGAAACAAGGUGCCGACCAACAUGUCAACACAAGCACCAACGUUCACACAGCCGCUACAGAGCGUCGUGGCACUGGAGGGUAGUGCCGCGACGUUCGAGGCUCAGAUCAGUGGUUCUCCAGUUCCUGAGGUGAGCUGGUUCCGUGAUGGCCAGGUUCUUUCCGCCGCAGCUCUACCCGGCGUCCAGAUCUCGUUCAGCGAUGGCCGCGCUGUUCUGAGGAUCCCCGCUGUGACCGCCGCACACAGCGGACGCUUCUCUGUCAGAGCUACCAAUGGCGCCGGGCAAGCCACCAGCACCGCUGAGCUCCUGGUUACAGCGGAGACAGCACCUCCCACCUUCCUUCAAAGGCUCCAGACCUCCACCGUGAGGCAGGGCAGCCAGGUGAGGCUGAAUGUCAGAGUCACAGGGAUCCCCACUCCUGUAGUGAAGUUCUACAGGGAGGGAGCCGAAAUCCAGAGCUCUGCAGACUUCCAGAUCCUUCAGGACGGAGACCUUUACAGUCUGCUGAUCGCCGAGGCCUUCCCAGAGGAUUCUGGGACGUACUCUGCGACAGCCACCAACAGCAGUGGACGGGCCACGUCCACCUGUGAACUGCUGGUCCAAGGUGAAGAACCGGUUCCAGCUAAGAAAACUAAGACAGUGAUUUCAGCCUCUCAGAUUUCCCAGACAAGAAUCACAAGAGUUGAAAAGAAGAUGGAAUUUGAACUGACUCAGACUCUUGGUCACAAGACCCCACCCAGAGUUCCACCCAAACCUUCGUCAAAGUCUCCCACCCAGCCCUCGUUGGUCUCCAAGGUGACCGCAGGGCGCCAACAGUCGCCGUCGCCAGUCAGACACGUGAAGGCGCCAACGCCCUCACCCGUCAGGCCGGUAAAAUCUCCCGUCACCACGAGGAAACAGCCUGCCACCAUCGCUGAGGUCCCCCCGCCAUGGAAGAGGGGAGACGAUGGGAAAGCAGUGUAUCAGACAUUCACAGAGAUUAAAGAGGCGGAGGGAGGGGUAAAAGCUGGGGCGGUGGCCAAGGUGGUGGCCGCCGUCGACCUGGCUCGUAUCCGUCGCCCCGUGCAUGUGGAGGGCGGCCGAGCUGAAGAGUUGGAGGCUGUAGAGGCAGAAAUGAGGCAGCAGGCGGUCGCCGUGGCUGCAGAUCAACACUAUCAGAUGGGGUGGAUGUCAACCGGAGCGCAGGCUGGUCAAAUGCUCACUGCUGCUCAGGAGUCCCACCUGCUCAUUCAGAGAGGAACAGAAAUGGGCUCCGGGGUGGACACUGGACUCGCUCCAUCUCCAGUUCCACAGUUCAUGGUUUCUAAAGUUUCUGUCCCCAAACCAGAGUCUGUUGGGGAGGUGUCCAUCGCCGGCUCGGCUAUCGCGUCUCUGCAGAAAGAGUUCUCCUCCUCCUCUUCUAGAAAGAUCAUCAAACCAGUCAAGUCUCCCAGUCCGUCUCUUAAAGCGGUUAAGACCAGCGAGACGCUGGGGUCCAUCCCACCUCCGUUCAAAGACUCCACUGAGAAAUCCCUCUCCGGCAGCCUCAUACAGACGGGGGUGUCAUACAUGUUGGGCAUGGAGAGGGAGUAUGAGGACUGGAGAGCCAAGGUGCAAGAGGCAGCAGCUGUACCUGCAGGUGACGCUGUCGUCCCACCCACGCUGGUCUCUGGCUUGAAGAACACGAACGUGACAGAGGGCGAGUCGGUGACCCUGGAAUGCCAGAUCAGCGGUCAGCCCGCCCCCGUCAUCAUGUGGUUCAGGGAGGACUACAAGAUUGAGAGCUCCAUUGACUUCCAGAUCAGCUACACCGGCGGAUUGGCUCGGCUGGUGAUCCGCGAAGCCUUUGCAGAAGACAGCGGGCGCUUUACGUGCACCGCCACCAACGAGGCUGGAACCGUCAGCACCUCCUGCUACCUGCUGGUCCAGGUGUCUGAGGACAUCGAGAGCAGGCAGGAGACAGGAAUCUUUUCUAGAGUUUGAGGAAAUGAAGCGGUGUUUCUUUAAGCUGAAGUCAUUCUGAUUGUGAUUCACAGAGUCACAGAAGAAGUUAAAGAAGAGACCAUGAUGGAGGCAGAGCCAGACGCUCCUGCUGCUGCUCCCUUCUUCAUUAAGACACCAGGUGUUCAAAAGCUGGUGGAAGGAGGAAGCAUCGUGUUUAUUUGUCAGGUGGGCGGAAACCCCAAACCUCAAAUCGUGUGGAAGAAGAAUGGCGUGCCGCUCACCACCGGAUACAGGUACAAAGUUGCAUACAAGAAGGAGACCGGGGAAUGCAGGCUGGAGAUCUCCAUGACCUUUGCAGACGAUGCUGGAGAGUAUUCAGUGUUUGCUAAGAAUCAGCUCGGAGAAGUUUCGGCCUCCACCAGCCUCCUGGAGGAGGUAUGUCCAUCAUCACGUCUAAAGAGUGAGACAAGCAGACGGACUGAGAGAAGGACGCUGGGCUUGGGUCUUAAUGUUAUGAUGUUUUUGCUUGCAGAGGAAUAUGAAGCCUACAUGAAGACCCAGGAAGUGGCCGCUCCGGUGCCGGAGCCCAAACCUGGAGACAUUCCCUCUAUCACAGUGGACACAAUGACCACUGUUAUUUCUGGACAGGAAUUCCAUUUGUCAGCCAUGGAGCUGAGAAUAAUUCAGGAGAUCGAGCUCACCAUCAUGAAGAUCACCUAUAGAGAGAUUGUAACCGAGGACGGGGAGCUGAUGGUGACCGCUGCUGCCACUGAGGCGGCACAGCCGGCCUUCGACACGCCCGUCAAAAACUACAGAAUCAUGGAGGGAAUGAGCGUCACCUUCCACUGCAAGAUGUCUGGAAUGCCGCUCCCCAAGAUUGCCUGGUUUAAAAACGGCCAGCGCAUCAGACCUGGGGAUCACUACCAGAUGGAGGUUCUCCAGGAUGGGCGAGCUAGCCUCCGCCUGUCGAUGGUGCGACCAGAAGACGAAGGCGUGUAUACUGCCUUCGCCACCAACAUGAAAGGAAACGCUGUCUGCUCAGGGAAACUUUAUGUGGAGUCGUCCGCGGCUGCUCCUCAGAGGUACACGCCGCAGCCUGCAGUACAGAGAAUCAGAUCCACAUCUCCUCGCUCUCUGAGCCGCUCUCCUGGGCGCUCGCCCAGCCGUUCACCCGGACGCUCUCCUGCUCGUCGACUCGAUGAGACCGACGAGGCACAGCUGGAAAGACUUUACAAACCAGUAUUUGUCAUGAAACCUUCUGCUUGUAAAUGUUCAGAGGGUCAAACUGCCAGAUUCGACCUCAAAGUCGUUGGGCGACCUAUGCCCGACACCUACUGGUUCCACAAUGGACAACAGAUCAUCAGUGACCACACCCAUAAGAUCGUUGUUAAAGAGGAUGGGACUCUGUCGCUGAUCAUUGUCCCGGCCAUGCCUCACGACUCUGGAGAAUGGACAGUGGUGGCCCAGAACAGAGCCGGGCGCUCAUCGAUCUCUGUCAAUCUCACUGUGGAUGCUAAGGAAACCCUGGAGCGUCCACAGUUUACAGAGAAACUGAGGAACAUCAGUGUGAAGGAAGGAACUCUGGUUGAACUGGCUGUUAAAGCCAUUGGAAACCCACUGCCUGACAUUGUCUGGCUGAAAAACAGUGACAUCAUCACCCCACACAAGCAUCCAAACGUUAAGAUUGAAGGAACCAAAGGAGAAGCCAAAUUCCAGAUCCCAUCAGCUGCCGGGUCAGACAGUGCCUGGUACACUGCCACAGCCAUCAACAAGGCUGGAAGAGACACCACCCGCUGCAGAGUCAACGUGGAGGUGGAAUACGUGGAGCCUGAGCCAGAGAGGAAACUCAUAAUUCCCAAAGGGACCUACAAAGCCAAAGAGAUCACACCUCCAGAGCUGGAGCCUCUUCACCUGCGGUAUGGUCAAGAGCAGUGGGAGGAAGGCGACCUCUACGACAAGGAGAAGCAACAGAAACCGGCAUUCAAGAAGAAGCUCACAUCAGUCCGCAUGAAGCGCUUUGGUCCGGCGCAUUUUGAGUGCAGGCUCACUCCCAUCGGAGACCCCAACAUGGUGGUGGAGUGGCUGCAUGACGGGAAGCCUCUUGCUGCUGCUAACAGGCUGCGGAUGGUCAACGAGUUUGGCUACUGCAGCCUGGACUACGAGGUCGCUUACGCCAGAGACAGCGGCGUGAUCACCUGUAGAGCCACCAACAAGUUUGGAGUCGACCAGACCUCGGCUACCCUGAUUGUCAAGGAUGAGAAGGGCCUUGUUGAGGAAUCCCAGCUCCCUGAGGGCAGGAGGGGAAUUCAGCGCAUGGAUGAAAUGGAAAGGCAAGCUCAUGAAGGUGGCCCUUAUGGAGUAACUGCUGAGGAGGAAACAGAGAAAAUGAAACCAGAGAUCGUCCUUCUCCCUGAACCUGUAAGGGUCAUGGAGGGCGACAUAGCCCGAUUCCGCUGCCGAGUCACAGGAUAUCCAGCUCCGAAGGUCAACUGGUACCUCAAUGGACAACUCAUCCGCAAAAGCAAAAGAUACCGACUUCGUUACGACGGUAUCUACUACCUGGAGAUCACAGAAAUCAAAUCCUAUGAUUCAGGAGAGGUGAAGGUUAUAGCGGAUAACAACCUGGGUUCAGCUGAACACACCGUGAAGCUGGAGAUCCAGCAGAAGGAGGACUUCAGAACCCAUCUGCGCCACGCUGCUGAGGCUAAAGCGGGUGAAGCUCCGUCCGAGACAGGACGAGUCUCAUUUGAGGUGGUGAAGACCGAGCUAUCAUCCGAGGACUCCCAACAAAAGGAGGUGGUUAAGCUUAAGAAGGCCCACAGAAUUGUCCAUGAAAAAGCUGUGGAGGAGUCUGAGGAGCUGAGGAGCAAAUUCAAGCGUAGGACAGAGGAAGGCUACUAUGAGUCCAUCACGGCUGUGGAGCUCAAGUCUCGCAAGAGAGAUGAUUCUUAUGAAGAUCUGCUAAGAAAGACGAAAGAGGAGCUACUACACCACGCAAAACAGAAGGAGGAGGCUGAGAGGAGGAAGGAGGAAGAGCGGCUGAAAGUUACAGCUAAACCUCUGAAACCAGAAAGGAUCAAACUCUCGGCCAGCAUGGAGGCUCCGAAGAUCCUGGAGCGGAUCAGCAGCCAGACCGUCGCUCUGGGGGAUGAAGUCAAAUUCAGAGUCAGAGUGGUGGGUAGACCAGACCCGGAGUGCCAGUGGUUCAAGAACGGCGUCCAGCUGGAGAAGUCCGAACGGAUAUACUGGUUCUGGCCUGAAGACCAUGUGUGUGAACUGGUAAUCAGGAAUGUCACUGCCGAGGACUCGGCUAGCAUCAUGGUUAAAGCAAGCAGCACUGCUGGAGAGACAUCAAGCCACGCUUUCCUGCUGGUUCAAGCCAAACAAGUCAUCACUUUUACCCAGAAGCUGGAGGAGAUCAAUGCCAAGGAGAAGGACACUAUGGCCACCUUUGAGUGUGAGACCAAUGAGCCAUUCGUUAAGGUCAAAUGGCUCAAGAACAACAUGGAGAUCUUCUCAGGAGACAAAUACAGGAUGCACUCUGACAGAAAGGUCCACUUCCUGUCUGUGCUGAUGCUUGAGGUGAAGGACAAUGCAGAAUACUCCUGCGUGGUGAUAGAUGACGAGAGCGUCCGAACCAGCGCCAACCUUAACGUUGAAGGAGCCCCUCUGGAGAUGGUGAAGCAACUGGAGGACGCUGAGGUGCCAGAAACGUACUCUGGAGAGUUUGAAUGCGUUGUGACGCGUGAAGACGCUGAAGGCAGCUGGUUCUUUGAAGGCAAGCUGCUCUCUCCCAGUAGUAAAUACGUCAUGAUGUCUCGUCGUGGAAGACACAGUCUGUCUGUGAGAGACGUCAAGAAGGAAGACCAGGGCAAAUACACCUUCAAAGUGGGAGAAUUCACCACAUCCGCCUCGCUGAAGAUGAAGCUGCGUCCAGUGACCCUGGUUCAGCCUCUGACGGACCUAACGGUUUGUGAAGGUGACAUUGCUCAGCUUGAGGUUAAGUUCUCGCAGGAAAACGUUGAAGGCAGCUGGAAAAAGAACGGACAGCCAGUCACGGCGUCUGACCGUGUACACAUUGUGAUUGACAAACUAGUCUACAAACUCCUGAUUGAAGACGCCACCAAGGACGACUUUGGAUCAUAUUCUUUCGAGGUUCCUGACCACGAUAUUAAAACCUCUGCAAAGCUGAACGUUCGGAGCAUCGGCAUCCUCGUUCCUUUGAAGGACAUCUCUGCCAUUGAAGGCACCAAGGCUGUCCUAGAGGCCAAGAUCUCUGCUCAGGACAUUAGCUCGGUCAAAUGGUACCACGAUGACAAACUGUUGGUUCCCAGCGACCGAGUCAGUGUGGUGGCAAAGGGAGCCAAGCAGCGCCUGGUUUUCAGCAGGACCUACGCGUCUGACGAGGGCCGCUACAAAAUGGUUGUUGGCCGAGUGGACACCAGCUGCAAGUUCUCCGUAGAGCCUGUGCAGAUCCUGAAGCCGAUGAACGACACGGAGUGCUCCGAGUCUGAGAAUGUCACCUUCGAAGUCGAGGUUUCCCACCCCGGUAUCGACCCUUAUUGGACCUUCAAGGACCAGCCGCUGAAAGCCAGCGCCAAGCACAAGAUGGAGACCAAGAAUAAGCACCACACCCUGACCGUCAUCAACGCCAUGAAGGAUGAGGAAGGCGAGUACAUGUUCGCUGCGGGUGAGAAGACGUGCAGAGCUUCGCUCACCGUGACAGGUGGCGCUAUCAAGAAGCCUUUGCGCGACCUGGUAGUAGCGGACUCCCAGACUGCAGUGCUGGAGUGUCAAGUAGCAAACCCAUCUGCAGAGGGAAAGUGGCUGAAGGACGGACAGCCCGUGGACUUUAGCGACAACGUGCUGAGCGAGGUGGACGGCGCCGUCAGACGUCUGGUUAUUGUUAUCACGAAAGCCACCGACAUUGGAGAGUACACGUACCAGGUGGCCACCUCCAAGACCACGGCCAAUCUAAAGGUCGAAGCUGUAAAGAUCAAGAAGACGCUGAAGAACCUGAACGUCGUUGAGACUCAGGAGGCCGUGUUUAGCCUGGAACUGACCCAUGAGAACGUCAGGGGGGUGCAGUGGAUCAAGAACGGUGUUGAGAUCCAGCCCAGUGAGAAGUUUGAAAUCAGCAUGGAGGGCAUGGUUCACACCUUAAAGAUCAACAACUGCUCCACCCACGACGAGUCUGUUUACUCCUUCAAACUGGGAAAGCUGUCUGCAAGCGCCAGACUUAACGUUGAAACCAUUAAGAUUCUUAAGAAGCCAAAGGAUGUGACAUCACUGCUUGGAGCAACAGCUAUGUUUGAGGUGGGAAUCUCUGAAGACAACAUCCCAGUGAAAUGGAUGUUCAAGAACACGGAGCUGAAGCCAAACGAGCACUACACCCUGCUGUCUGAGAAAAGGAGUCAUAAACUCAUCAUCCAGGACGUCGACAGCAGCAAGGAGGGAGAGUACACCGUGCUGGUCGGCCAUCUGCAGUGCAGCGCUCACCUGACUGUGGAGUCUCUGCGGGUAACCAAACCCAUAAAGAACGUGGAGGUCCCAGAGACCCAGGUGGCCACAUUUGAGUGCGAAGUAUCCCACUUCAACGUGCCGUCCACCUGGCUGAAGGACGGUGUGGAGAUCGAAAUGAGCGAGAAGUUCCGCAUCGUGGUUCAGGGGAGACUCCACCAGCUGAAGAUCAUGAACACCAGCAGGGAAGACUCCGCGGAGUACACUUUCGUCUGCGGGAACGACCGUGUGUCGGCGACGCUCACCGUCAACCCGAUUCUGAUCACGACAAUGUUGGAGGACCUGAACGCUCAGGAGAAAGACACCGUCACAUUUGAGGUGAACAUCAACUACGAGGGAAUCACCUACAAGUGGCUGAAGAACGGCGUGGAGAUCAAAUCCACGGACAGGUGCCAGGCUCGCUGCAAGCAGCUCACUCACACUCUGAGCAUCAGGAACGUCCACUUUGGAGACAGCGCCGAUUACACCUUCAUGGCGGGCUCUGCUGCCACUACAGCUAAGCUCUACGUGGAAGCUCGUGUUAUCGAAUUCACUAAACACCUAAAAGACCUGAAGAUCACCGAGAAGAAGCGGGCCACCUUUGAGUGUGAGGUUUCUGAGCCCAACGUGCAGGUGAUGUGGAUGAAGGACGGACAGGAGCUGGAGAUGUCCGACAGGUUCAAAAUGUCCUCAGACAACUUCGUCCACCGGCUGGUUCUGCCGUCAGUCCGCUUGUCCGAUGCUGGCGAGUACACGGCUGUCGCUGGCUCCAGCAUGUCUGUGGGACACCUGGCAGUCGAAGGACGAGAUGUGAAAAUCUCAGAGCCUGAAAGCAGAGAUGUCACGGUGGUGGAGAAGCAAAGGGCAACCUUUGAGUUUGAGGUGAAUGAGGACGAAGUGGAGGGACACUGGUUGAGGAACGGAGCGGAAAUCCAUUUCUCUGAGGAAGAGCGCUUCAACUACGCCGCCAUCAGGAGGCUGCACCGCCUCACCAUCUCUGAGACCUUUAGGAGUGACGCUGGAGAAUACACCUUCGUCGCCGGCAAGAACCGCAGCAGCAUGAACCUCCACGUUAGACUGCCAGAGCCGCCACAGAUCGUGCGCCACAUGCAGCCCCAGACAGUGAUGUCGGGUCGGAUGGUGCGUUUCUCGGCUCAUGUCAGCGGCCUCCCUGCGCCUCAGAUGCUCUGGUACAAAGACUCCCAGCUGCUGACCAGCAGCUACAAAUGCAAGUUCCUCCAUGACGGAGACGAGCACACGCUGCUCCUGCUAGAGGUCUUCCCUGAGGAUGCCGCCGUCUACAGCUGUGAGGCCAAGAACGACUUUGGAGCAGCCACAAGCUCCGCCCCCCUAACCGUAGAAGUUCCUGAGGUGGUUGAGACCGCCGCUCCCAUCUCCCCUCCGGUUCUGAUCAGCCCCAUGCGGGAUGUUCUGGUCCCACAGGGAAGCCCCGCUCAGCUGAAGUGUACCAUCUCAGGGGAAGAUCUGCAGGUUUCUUGGUUCCGUAAAGACAAGGAGAUCCAACAGUCCGACAUCUUCAGGAUGUCUCAUAUGGAUGAAACCUGCCUGCUGGAGAUUUCCAGAGUCCUCCCCUCUCAUGAGGGAGAGUAUUCCUGCAUUGCCACUAACUCAGCAGGGAUGGUCACAUGUUCUGCCACUCUGAACCUGGAUGAUGGUAAAGCCUUAGCUAGUGUGUCUGAGACUAAAGUGACUCAGAGACGGGAAGCUCAGACGGAGAGCUUCAGCUCUCUGUCGGCGGGUCAAACCGCCCACACUGUUGAGUUUUCUGAGCUCGUCUCUGAAGCGUCCUCCGUGUCCUGGAGGACGGUGGAGGUUCAGAUGGAGAGCGUGACCUCAGUGGAGACGAGCUCUCGCAGCAGCGUUGCUUUCAGCCUCUCAGCCAGCCCCCAGCUGCUGACGGAAAUGAGCGACAUCAGAGUGAGAAGCGGCGAGGUGGCCGAGUUCAGCUGCUCUUUCGACGGGCAGCCUUUCACCUCAGUGGUGUGGGAUCAUAACGGUCAGAACUUGGUGGACACGGAGCGGGUAAGGCGCUCUGAGGGCGGGGGCCUGUUGUCCCUGCUCAUCCAGAGCGUGGACACGGACGAUCAGGGAACCUACCGCUGCACAGCCACCAACCCGCACGGUCAGAACAGUUCCUCUGCCAGGCUUACUGUUGAAGCUAAAGAAGCGAACCUCAAAGCAGAGACCCCCAUCCCUACCGGUUCUGUCCGUAAAGCGUCUCAAGCAGACAAAGAGAGUUCUAGAGAUCUCUCUGAGCAGGAGAAGCAGGAGUCAAAGAAGAAGCUUCGAUCUUUGCCUGAAUCUUCCCAAAGACCUUUCCAGUUAUAUUUCCCGGACGUGAUGCCUCAUGACGAGCGGAGUCGCCGGCUCUUUGACCGCCCGGAGCUCCUGAUCAAACUCCCCCCUGAACUGCUGCUCAGAAGCAAAGACAGGAAGUCUCCGCUCUGCAUCAUGAAGGGGCUUCCUGCUUCAUUUGUCAUUUGGCUUUACAGCCGUUUGAAUGUGAAGGACUCUGUUUGGUACUCUCUGAAACAGGACAGCGCUCUGUGCUGUAUAGAUGCUAAUAAUGAGGGAGCCGGACGGGGGGGCUCUUACUGUUUGAAAACUCUGAGCUCAGCUGGAGAUGCUGAGUGCAGCACAGGGAUGAAAGUGACGGAGGCGGAGAAGGAGCCAGAGGUUAAGGAAGACGUUAAAGCCCUACUGGGAUGUGUGAUUUACUUUCAAUUCUCAUUGUUCCACUCAGCCUUUUCUAGCUCAACCAUCACAGUGGAAGAGGAGAUCCAGGAGUCAUUCAGCACUGGCUUAAAAUUACCUGAUAAAACCAGAACACUUGAACUCAAACCAGAGACCAAACGCUUCUCCAGCUCUUUGGAGAGGAAAAAAGAAAAACCAGUUUUCCUCAGCGAGCUUCCCCCAGCAGCAGUAGCAGCUGUCGGGGAAAGCUUUGCCUUUACGGUCAAAGUGUUGGGUUUCCCAGCACCCACUGUCCACUGGUUUCACAACGGGCAGACCAUAACCAGUUCAUCGGUCUAUACGUUCAUUCACAGACAAGACAAGUACAGUUUAGUUAUUAACGAAGUUCGUAGAGAAUAUGAUGGGGAGUACUCUUGCACGGUCAGCAACAGGUUCGGGCAGUCGACAUGCUCCUCGUUUCUUCGCGUUCAGGUGAAAGAACCCGAAGAGGAGAGAAGGGUUGGCGAGGAAAUGCAGAAGUCCGUCGGCCAUCCUCCAAAGUUUCUGAAAGCGAUAGAGUCGGUUCAGUUAUCGGAGGGUGGCCAGUGUUUCUUCAGAUAUACGCUGAGUGGAGAUCCGCUCCCUGAUGUUCAGUGGUUCAAAGGAAGCUCCAUUAUCCAGCCGGCCGGGUUCGUCGUCAUGGCGAACAGUCCGGACGGAUCCGGCUUUUUCAGCAUUGAGAGUGUCAAAGAAGAGAACAGUGGUACCUACACGUGCAAAGCUUGCAAUCUGUUUGGUGAGGCCGCCUGCAGUGCUGAACUGGUGGUCAUUGGCCAAAAAGCUCAGCAGGAGAGGCAGUUGAUUCAGAAAACAAAAGGCUUGAAGAUUUCCCUGACUGAGCAAAGCACAGAGUCCCGGCUGAGCCAGGAAAGAAGCCGGUCGGAUCAGUUGAUUUACACCAUCAGCACCGAAGACCGGCAGAUUAUCCCCAGUGAGGAGGUGGAAACCCUCCAGGAGAUCAACGUCUCUGCUGCUACUCUGCAUAGAGAGCAGAUGACCCAGCAGGCCGCUCUUCUACAGUCACAUGAAGUUCAUGAGAGCGUUUCUUUAGCUCUAGAACACCCCGCUGAGGUCUUAGCUGAAUCUACAAAGCAGCUUCACAUGGCUUCAUUCCUGUCUUCAGUCCAGGAGAGCCAGAGGAUCACAGAGCAGCAUUCAGAGAGGAUUCUGAGCCCUGAGCUUGUUGACCUUAAAUCCUCAGAGGAGAAGCCGUCUGAGAUCAUGUCGGCUACCUGUGAGGAAGUCCUGUCCCUGAGCACAGUGAGAGCUGAGCCUCUGGCAGACCAGACUCAGGAACACAUGGAGACCACGGCUGAACCCAGGCAGCCGCUCAGCAGCUACCAAGUAGAAUCCGCUCUCCCCAUCCUUGCUGAUGUGUCUGGUGCUGUGGAGCGACCAGAGGAGGAGAGAAGUUUUAGAGUCCAAGAGGGGAUGAAGAUUUCUUACUCUGCUCAAUCUGCUGAGCAGCUGCUGCUCGCAGAAACCCACUCUGAGCCUCUGCUAGCUCUGAACCCACCCUUAACGCCACAGGUUAGAAAAGAACAACCUAAUCCAGUGCAUGCACCGAUGAGUGAAACCAGAGGGACUCUCACUAAAGAGCGCAGUUUUGAAAUACAUAAUCCAGAGCAGCAAACCAUCCAGACAAGCAAAGAAAAGCUUUAUAAAUCAGCCAUGACUAAUGAAGAAAAAUAUCCGAUUCAGGCAGAACAGACGGUACAAGUGGCCCCACUAGAGAGUCCGAUGUGUCUGCAGGUGAUGGGGGAGGAGAAACAAGUUUUAAAUCUGCAGGUCAUCAGUGAUCAGUGUGGUUUAGAGUCCGAGGGGCGGUUCAGCAGUGAACAGCCUCCCACAGAGCAGGCAGAUGUAAGGAAGAGUCCAACUUUGCUGCACUCUGUAAUUCAGGAAGAGCAGAGGGCCUUGGUGUGUGAGUCGACCUCAGAGGUCAGAGUGCAGACUGACUAUGCCUCAGCUCAGCCAAGAAAAGAGCAGCCACAGCAGAAGUACCUCCAGUCUAUCCAGUCUGUUCCACAACUACCUAAGGAAGGGAUCAUUGUCUUUACCAAACCUGAACAGCAGGCAGCCACAGCCAAGCAGGAAAGAGCUCGAAGCCAUGCCGCGUCUUCAGAAAUGCACAGAGAGAUCAUAGCAGAUCAUCACAAAGAUCUUAGUGUGUCUGUGGAUGGAAUGAAGGCCAAGCAUAAAACUGAGUCCAGACCUCCGAACAUUCUUGGUGUGUCUUCCCAGUCACUACUCCUCCCGAAGGAGACCCCUUUCACUGACACCGUUAGAGAGCAGCGAGUACUAAUUCAGAGAGAGGAGCAGUGGAACAUCCUGCAGUCCUUGAACAUCACAGACACCCCAACUUUAGAGGAGGGCCACACCACUAGCCUGCACACAGAUGAGGAAUUCAAGCCUGUAGUUAGAGUCGAACCAAAGAUCCCAAAGAGGCCCGUGUUCAUAGAAGAAAAGGCGGCGGCAACAGAGAGGUGCACAAUCUUAGAGGCUGCAGAACGAGAUUCAGCAGUUGCGAUUAAGGAGGGGCAGUCAGUCCAACAGUCUGUGCAGCUGGAAGAGAGGCAGGUCAUCUUGAAGGAACAGUCUAGUGAGAUACAUCAAACCCAGGCUUCCACUGUCAAGGUUCAGACCCAACCGAAAGGAGUCGUUUUUCUCCAUGAGUCUCAGGACUCUGUUCCUCUACCCAAAGAGCUCAGCUUUGUUCUAAACAUCCCCAAACCAACCAGUAUGACCAUUAGACAUCAGCUGAAAGACGCUCUCCAGUCUGCUGUGGCCACCAAUCAGGCAGUCCUACUGGCAGAGGCUGUGGGACAGUUAGAAGCGGUUGAGAUACAGGAAGUCAAAGUUCAACGAGAACCCAGAAGGACAACAUUUACAUAUCUGAUCACAUCGCCCGGUGUCCCAUUGGAGAUCACGCUGUCCUUUGAAGGGGAAUAUCCUCAGGUGGCAGAUCUCAAGACAGAACUGGAGGUGGCGCUACGAGCCAUGUUGUUCCAAGAACAGCAGAGUCUUACUUCAGAGCAGCAUGGUACCCUGCAGAUUGACAGACCUCAGAUAGUCCACAUCAGCUCAGCACCCUCCAAAGAGAUGAUGUCCACCGUGACUGAUACAGUGAUGGUGGCAGAGAGCGUUGCUUUGUUUACUCCAGAUGCAUCCUUUUCUGCAGAUUUAAGAACAGAGUCAAUGGGUUCUUUCCAAAGUGCAACAAUUCAGAGCUACGGCUUUCAGCAAGCGAGUGGCGUUACCACAGUAACCACCUUGAAAGACGUAGAGCAGGUUGCUAUGGUGCAGGUGGACACCAGAGAGGAGUACCUCUCAGAGGCUUUCCUGAUUAGCGAGUCCUCUGACAGCCCGAUGGAUCGCCCUGUUGUUGUUCAGCCUCUGGAGGAAACCUUUGCAGAAAUAAACGGUGACGCUGUUCUUACUACGACUAUCAACAAUGCAACCGAGGUGAACUGGUUCUUCAAUGGUCAGCUGGUGGAAUCUGGUGAAGAGUUCAGGUGUUCUGAGGACCAUGACACAUACACAUUAGUUAUCCACAAAGUGUUGAAGGAGAGGCAUCAAGGAGAAUAUGUCUGUGAGGCUGAGAACGCAGCUGGCAGGACCACGACGUCUUCGAGGCUCACUGUGGUCUCAAAAGUGAAACCCGUGUUCAAGCACAGAGUCGUACCGCUGGAGGUCAAUGUGGGCAACAAUGCCAGAUUUGAAUGUGACACAGAGGAUGCUCCGAAUGUGAACUUCAAGUGGUUUAAAGAUGGGCACCCACUGAAGGAGGGUGAUAAGUACCGGAUAAUCAGCCGCUUCACCUCUUCCUCACUGGAGGUUCUGAGCGCAGCCAAGGAAGACAGUGGAGAGUACAGCUGCAAAGCAUCCAAUCACCAUGGCGGUGAUGAAUGCUCCGCCCUUCUCAGUGUGACAGAGAAAUUUCCUCCAUUUAUUCAAAAUAAGCCUGAAAACCAAACAGUGUUUGUUGGAAAGAAGGCACUGAUACAGUGUGUUAUAGCGGGAUCCGCUCCUCUGAAUGUUGAGUGGUUUAAAGACCACCAGGCUGUGUCCUCAGUGCCUGAACACUACCGCACCUCUUGUGAAAAGAAUAAGCACACUCUUGAGAUUGCCAUGCUUGAAGCGGCAGACGGAGGGCUGUAUGUGUGCAGGGCAUCUAAUGAUGCCGGAGUGGCUGAGUGCAGCACGGAGCUGCUGGUUGUCGAUAAGCCCAGCUUUGUAAAGCCACUGGGUCCAGUCGCAGCAGUGGUUGGAGCUCCUCUUCACCUGGAGUGUCAGGUGGACGAGGACACAGGCGUGACUGUCACCUGGACCAGAGAUGGUAGAAAAGUCCACCAGUCUCCAGACUGUAAACUGUCUUUUGAGAACAAGACGGUAAAUCUUGAUAUCCUAAAAACCACAUUGAAAGAUUGUGGAAAUUAUGUGUGUACGGUGGCAAAUGAAGCUGGAAGUAGCUCUUGCUCCACCUCUGUGAAAGUACAAGAGCCCCCAGUCUUUGUAAAGAGGCUGGAGGCCACCACAGUCUGGAAGCAGGGCAGCACGGCUCGGCUCCAGUGCUCUGUCAAAGGAUCCCCUGAGCUCCACACCACCUGGUUCUUCAAUAACAGCGAGCUGCCGGUCGGCGGCAGGUAUGCCACCAGUUUUAAGGAUGGCGUUGCUGCCGUUGAGAUAAGCAACGUUGCGUCGAGCGACAGCGGAAACUACAGCUGUGAGGUUCUGAACGAGUCAGGCUGUGAGAGCUGUAGCACCAAAGUGACCGUUAAAGAACCGCCGUCAUUCCUUAAGGACGUGCCCUACUUAGAGGCAGUCAGGGGAUCUGUAGCGGCGUUGGAGUGCGAGAUUGCAGGCUCUGCACCUUUUGAAGUGACCUGGAAAAAGAACAAGAAACGUUUGUCCUCAGAUAAAAAGUACAGAGUAGUGUCACAGGAGUCUCUGACCUCUUUGGAGAUCCAUGCAUUCGAGUCGGCCGACAUCGGUGAAUAUGAAUGCGUUGUUUCCAACGCGGUUGGCUCUGUGACCUCUAAAUCAGUGGUUAAACAGAAAGAGCCUCCUAUCUUCUCAAAGAGGAUUGAGAGUUCUACGGUGGUGCUGGGAAAUGUGGCGAAGCUCCAAGGAGUUGUGAAAGGCUCAGCUCCUAUAUCCAUCAAAUGGAUGAAAGACUCAAAGUCACUAAUAGAUGACGAUUCCAGCGUCACCACAACAUUCGAGAACAAUAUUCCCAGCAUUUCCUUUGCCUCUGUGGAUUUAAAACACGGCGGCAAGUAUACCUGCAUCGCAGAGAAUGAGGCGGGUCAGCAGAAGUGUGAGGCUAUACUCACCAUCCAAGAACCAGCAAAGAUCGUAGAGAAAGCGGCAUCCAUCAGCGUUACGGCCGGAGACUCGGCCACGCUCCAGUGCAGCAUCUCCGGAAGCCCGGAGCUUAAAGUCCGAUGGUUCAAAGACGGAAAGGAGAUAAUCAGUGGUCGUAAAUAUAAGACAACGGUGAAGGAGAGCACCGCCGCUCUAAAGAUCCUUUCAGCAGACAAAGGAGACACCUCAGAGUACAAGGUGGAGGUUUCCAAUAAAGUCGGCAGAGACGAGUGCAUGUGCUCGGUCACCGUUAUAGAUCGUGCCGUUCCACCAUCUUUUACAAAAACUCUAAAGAACUUAGAUGGAAGUAUUGGUAGUAACAUAACGUUGGAAUGCAGAGUUGCUGGAUCGCAGCCUAUGACUGUUUCUUGGCUCAAAGACGACAAAAAAAUUCACAGCAACGAUAAAUACAAGCUUGAUUUCAGCGAUGGCGCAGCCACGUUGGCGAUAAUGCAUUCAGAGCAGAGUGACGGAGGAGUUUAUACAUGCCGCGCCUCAAACGAGGCCGGAGAUACAGAAACCAGCGGAACGCUGGCGAUCAAAGAACCUCCAGCCUUCACAGUAAAACCAGAGUCCCGAGAUGUUGCACCAGGAAGCAAUGUUGUCAUGAGAGCAGAAUUCACUGGGUCUGCUCCACUGGUGGUUAAAUGGUUCAAAGAGGAGAAAGAGAUCUUCUCUGCGGGGAAAUGUGUCAUUAAGAAGGAUAACUCCUCCAGUUCCUUGGAGCUUCAUUCUGUAAAAGCCAGUGAAUCGGCUAAGUACACCUGCCAGGUGUCCAACGAUGCGGGGAAAGUGGACUGCAGCGCUAUCCUCUUCGUCAAAGGUUCUGCUUCCAUCCUGUCUCAGCCAACCUUCCACUAA